CUCGACCCUCCCCCACCCUCUUGAUAACUUUCUCUUCCCGGCAUUUCUGCCAUCUCUUUUCAGCAAUGUCUGACUACGGCAUCGCUGUCUCCAAUGGUGGCGACCAUGCUAAGUCCAAUGGCCACUCCAACGGUACUGGCAACGGUGAUGCCAAUGGCAACGCCAACGGUGCUCCUUCAACCAAGGACCAAGAGCUCGCGGCGAAUCUCGCCGCGAUUAGGGAAAAAGGGUGGAACAAUCCCAUUCCGUUCCAGUACGAGCUCGUCGGUACCGGUGCCGCUCCUGCAGAUGGCGAAGGCCACAAGUGGGCUGGCGAGUCUGGCAUCUACGUCUUUGAUGACGACGUCGGCGAGGUUGGCCCGCGGGACGAGCGCCUUGAGCAAGAGCUUUACCAUGGAGAGCAAAUCAUGAGGGCGGGCAACCACAUCCAAGCCUUGAGCUUCGAAGUCAAGAUAAUGGGAAAGGACCCGGUCGCUCCGAUCCGCUCGUUCGAACAUGCUGGACUCCACCCGGCCAUGCUGGAAAACGUUACACUCUGCGGCUAUCAUAUCCCCACGCCGAUCCAGUCGUACACGAUUCCUGCCGUCUUGACCGGCCAUGAUGUCGUGGGAAUUGCGCAGACUGGUAUACAAGGCUCCGGAAAGACGGCUGCGUACCUGAUCCCGAUCCUGUCUAGGCUUAUGGGAAAGGCGCGCAUAUUGGCGGCCCCUCGUCCGAAUCCUGCUCGUUACAAUCCCAUGACUGAUCGCGUUCGCGCUGAGCCGCUGGUCUUGAUCGUAUGCCCAACUCGUGAACUGGCCUGCCAGAUCUUUGACGAGGCCCGUCGUCUCUGCUACCGCACCAUGCUGCGCCCCUGUGUCGUCUAUGGUGGCGCCCCUUCGAAGCUUCAACGUGAGCAGCUUGAGAUGGGUUGUGAUGUCCUCGUUGCAACUCCUGGCCGUCUGAUGGACUUCAUGAGCAACUUGAAUCUGCUCUCGUUGCAUCGACUGAAGUACACUGUCAUCGAUGAGGCCGAUGAACUUCUCUCUCAGGGCUGGGAGGAAAUCAUGGACAAGCUCUUUGCCGGUUCAGCUGUAAGCGAGGAUGCCGAUCACACGUAUCUGAUGUUCUCUGCCACGUUCCCGAAGGCCGCUCGAAAACUCGCUCGCGACUAUAUGGAAGACGACCAUGUCCGCAUCAAAGUUGGUCGCGUCGGCAGUACCCAUCAGAACAUCAAGCAGUCAGUUGUCUAUGUCGAGGAGUCUGCAAAAAACCAGGCACUGUUCGAUCUCAUCAUGUCUGGCCCAGCCCAGCGUACUCUUGUUUUCGUCAACUCUAAGGCAAAGUGCGAUAUGGUGGAUGACUUCUUGUACAACAAGGGCAUGCCUUCGACUUCGAUUCAUUCGGACCGUACCCAACGUGAGCGCGAGGAUGCCUUGCGUUCUUUCAAGGCUGCUAAAACCCCAAUCAUGGUUGCAACUGGCGUCACCGCUCGUGGCUUGGAUGUCGCCAAUGUCAAGCAUGUCAUCAACUACGAUCUCCCUUCCACUCAGCAUGACGGCAUCACGGAAUAUGUGCAUCGUAUCGGUCGUACUGCUCGUAUUGGCAAUGAAGGUGUGGCCACCUCCUUCUACAAUGAUCGCAACGAAGACCUCGCUCCUCACUUGGUCAAGAUUCUCAUCGAGGCUAAGCAGGAGAUCCCGGACUUUCUCGAACAGUUCAAGCCAGAGAAUCCCGAGGAGCUCUUCCAACAUGAGGAUACGGACGACGAGUCUGACGAUGGUCUCGGUGGUGGAGACGCGUUCGGUGGCGGUCUCGGUGACGGCUUCGGCGCUGAAGGCUUCGGCACUGGCGGUACUGAAGACGCUGGUGCAGGCGGCUUCCAAGCCGAUGAGGGCUUCAACGCCGAUGUUGAGGAUAAGGUGGCCAGUUGGUAA